CAACUCCCAAAAUUUCACCAAGCUUUCUCAUUUAUUCAAGCGCUUCGUGCAGCAUCUCUUGAUGACCCAGUUGCGAAACUUACACCUGAAGCUCUUGAGAAACUGCGAAAUCCGCCUCAGCAGCCACCUCUUAUCGCAAGUGCAAUUAUUCGUCAUGGUAUCGAGAUGUACUUUCAUCUUGAACAUGCAGCUCAGGCUGCAUAUAAGGGGAUUGCCGAUUCUGCAGCAAGAAGUUUUCCUGGAGCAGAAGAUAUCCCAUCUUAUCGUGGUGUCGAACACCUCGUCGCAGAACUUAGUGGUAUUGACUCAAUCAAACACCACAUGUGUUUAAACACUUGUAUCGCAUUCACCAGUCCCUUUUCUGAUCUCGACCAGUGCCCGUUCUGUGAC